UUUGUUCUUCUUCAUUUUUGUUCUUCUUUUCGUGCCACUCCACUACCAAAAGUUUCAUAGCACCACAUACUAGCACAACACCCUUUUCACCAUGGUCACUUUUUCAAAGUAAAGCUAAGGAAAUCUUACUUUCAUAAUCUUCACCUCAUCAAAUUACAUAGAGUGUCUAGAAACAUAUGUAUUGUUGAAACUAGAAUUGCAGUGCAUAAUUGAAGAAAAAAAGUUUGAAAUUGAAGAUGACUCUGAAUGACAGAAACAUGGUGGAACCAUCAACUAGGAGGUAUGAAAUAUGGUGCGAUGGAACAACAAUUGAAACCAUAGUUACUAACGAAGAAAACAUCGUUGAACAAUGGCUUUCAUCAACAUAUGCUCUCAAACAAAAAGUUGUUGGUCUUGACACUGAAUGGAUGCAUGUUCCGAAGGCUUCCACCAAGAAGGCUACCAUGAAAGUUGCAAUUUUGCAACUUUGCGUUGAAGAUAGGUGUUUGAUCGUUCAAUUGUUCUUCAUGAAGAAUAUUCCUCCUUCUCUGCAGAGCUUUAUGAUGGAUGCUUCCUUUGAUUUUGUUGGGGUUGGGGUGAUGAAUGACAUUAAUAUGCUUAAGAAGAACUAUGGAUUGGAAUGCAAUAAAGGGACAGAUUUGGUUAUGUUGGCAAAGAAAAGAUGGCCUGAAAAAAUCUCUUCUGGGUCAUUGAAAUAUCUGGCGAAGGAGUUGGUGGGUCUUGAGAUGGAGAAGUCAAAAGCUGUGGUUACCAGUGAUUGGAAAGCUAAAGAGUUGACUGAAGUUCAGGUUAAAUAUGCAUGCAUUGAUGCUUAUGCCUCUUUCAAGAUUGGAAAAAUGGUGUUAUCAGAUUAACAUUCAUGUUAAUUCAUUUAUUUACUCCUUUUUGUUGGAGAUAUAUGAUCUUUUUUUAUGUAUCAUUUCUAUAAGUUUUCGACAUAGUUUAACUCUUCUUGUGAAUUUGUUAGUUGUUAUGAAGUUAUAAAUAAAUUUGUAACUAUUGUUUUUCUAUUA